AUGUCCACCACCGUCACUAUCACCUCCACUGAAAAUGAUUCCGUCUCGGAGUCCAUCGUUCCCCCGGAACAUGUCUCUGUGCUCGAGCAGCUUCGGGAUUUUAGACAAAAGAUCCCACGUGAGCUUCUCGCGAAGUACGAACGACCGACGACUACUCUCGCUGUCAGUCAGAUCUUUGGGGAUUGGUUGGCAGCGAUCAUUGGCUGGCAGGCAUAUGUUUGGCGUCCUAAUGCCUGGACCUUUACGUUCGCCCUCCUCCUCAUGGCCUGGUCUCAACGCGGUAUCUCGAACUUAGCGCACGACUGUAAUCACUACAAUUUGUUCAAGCGACGGAUCCUCAACGACGUUGUCGGCGACUUAUUUUUAGCACCUGCCCACAUGAGCACCGUGCGUUUGCAACGCAAGGCACACACGGCUCACCACCAUUACCUGGGCACAAAGGACGACCCCGAUCACGGCCUUCACAACGAGACAAGCCUCAAGCACUAUAGGAACGGUCGCUUCGACCACAAGACCAUCCCAUCUCUGUUCUUAUAUGAUUUGCUCGACCCUGUCCUAUUUUACUAUAAUGCAGUCGGCUCGUUCUUCGAGGCUCCCGGCUUGCUCAUCGGAUGGUGGACUGCUGUCGCCCUGCUCGCCGGGUUCUUCGAACCGCAGCUGUCGUUCUCGCCCGUCCCCUUCGGAUGGCGCUUCCUGGCUCUCUGGCACGGCGCGCGCUGCACCAUCACCUACGCGAUCUACGUUCUCCGCGAGAUCAUCGACCACUCUGGGCUGCCGUCCACCACGAUCCUCGAGUUCACGCGGACGAGCCCGUGCUGCAGGUUGCUGCAGAAGUUCCUGCAGCCACACGACGACAACUACCAUCUUUUGCAUCACUUGCUCCCUCGCGUGCCCAUGGGCCAUUUGCACGAGCUGCACGAGUGGCUGGUCGCCAAUGUAAAAGAGUACGAGACGGCUAACCGUUACACCUCGUACUUCACCGGAGACGACGCGUUAUUCCUGCAGACUAUUCAUUGCUACUGA